AUGCGUUCUCUUCCCAUCCUUUACUCUGCCGUCUUGGUCGCACCAUCUGUCCUUGGCCUUGCAAUCCGCCAAGGCAGCAAAAGCUGCGAUACUGAGCCACUCAGCGAGCAGACUUGGACCAAACUCGAUAUCGAUACAUAUCUUAAAAACUGGACUCCCAAUGUUACAACCACGCCUACCAACAAUGUUCAGGCUCUGGCUGACUCUUUUGGGGCCCCCAACUUCUUCUGUGGACUCGAUCAGUUUUGCAACGCUGGCCAGCCUUGUGUACCUGUUGAACCUCCUGCCUGGUAUGCACUCUUGGGCAUCCAGAAUUGGAACAACUAUAUGAACUCGAUGAACACUGGCAUAACUUUCUCCACCAACAUCAUAAGUCUAAAAUUGCCCGAGAUUGUUUCAGACCUAUACCCCGACCCUAAGGAUGACGUUACCCCCAUGCAACUCUUUGCUCGAGCCAUCACCUCAACAAUGGGUCUUGUCCCUUUUGCCGGCGGACUGGAUACUGUCGCAAAAACAUUCAUCACUUCGGUCAACUAUGUCCUUACGGUUGUCAAGCCUCCCAAGACAGACAAGUUUAUGCAGUGGAGCAAUGUCGCUUCCUCCCUUGGUGGAGUUAUCCAAGAUUACCAAGCUGCUGUUUCAGACUCCAUCAAGAAGAUCAUCGACACUCCAGUUGCUGAUGCUGGUGGCAUUUACGAACAACUUCAAGGUGGCAGAUUCCUUGGAAUCAGCCAGAACUUUACUCAGAGUACUCUUCAGAAACAGAUGAUUGAUUCUUUCACGAUCUACUCGAUUGGUCUUGCUCUCCAGGCUCAGAAGAUCUUUGUUCUUCGCAUGACCAACAUCAAGCGAAAGCAUGAUGAUACUUCUGCCAGCUAUGUUGUUGAUGCAAGUGACGGCACCUUCACUGAGUACACUCUCAUGCAGGCUGGUGACAAUGACAAUGCAAUUAUUAUGCUGGAUAUUGGAGAUAAGCUGUCUAACAAGUACUCUCUUCCCAGGGAGCGUUGGUUGGACGAUGUUGUGAAGUGCUGGGAAGGAAAUGACAAAAAGCAGCUGGCUGACAGCUUUGGGGAUUUCUUGCCAAUCGACCCAGCCACUCCAUGCUUAUUGAACAUGAACGUUUGUGACCUUGUAUCCGUGGAAUGGGGAAGCAAAGGUAUCAUCGAGAGCUGCAGGGACAAUGGUGUUGAUGUUUGA